AUGUUAUCGUCAUAUAGAUCAACAGAUUCUUCAGGAUUAUAUAGGAAAUCUUCAAAAGAAUUAUACUCCGAAAGAUUUUAUGAAGAUAUGGACAUGGAAUCUGAGGAUUUACAUUAUUAUAAUGAAAAAUGUAAUAAUAUAACAGUAAAAAAACAUAAAGAUCAAAUGAUACCAAUUUGUACGAAAUAUCUAAGAUUUUUAGAUAAAUCUAAAUCAUGGGGUUAUGUGAAUUCUAGAUAUGAUAUUUCCUUACUUCUAAAUUAUUGGAUAUAUGAAAAAUUAACUGAAAUUUAUGGUGAUAACAGUAGUGAUGAUAUUAUGUUAGGUUUUGUUGAUCUUCAAAUGAAAUGGGGUUAUUUUGAUUAUAAUCGAAAAACAUAUGAUCCAUACUAUAAAAAUUGUCAGCCUGAUCUCGAUAAAGUUAAUCAUGUGGAUUGGAAACAUAGAAAGAAAUUGUACGAUUAUUAUGUUGAUCAUGACUAUGUUAUUAAUAUGGCAGCAAGCUUUGAUAAUGAAUGCACAUAUUAAAUGAAAAAAAAGCUUGAGUAUGCGGUAGAAAAAUCAAAAUGUAAUGAUAAAAUUGAAGGUAGAAUAGGUUCUACUUCAGAGUUUAGUUUUUCGUAUAAACCUGGACAACCCGUAGAACUACCUGCAGUUCCUUCAGAUAGUCAUGUAGCCAAAUCUAAUACACAGUUAGAAAAUGGAAAUUCCGGAAUUGGAAAAAAGCUUAGCAAUUCAGUUCUUGGCGCAGCUCCAGUUUUACUAGCUACCACGAUGUUAUAUAGAUAUACACCCUUAGGUCCCUGGAUUCGCAAGAUACGUGGAAUCAACACAAAUAGAAUGAAUACCAUGGAUACGUUUUCAUCUUAUACACAAGAAACAAACGAUAUUUUUUCUGAGGACACAGCAAACUAUAUAUCUUAUCAAGCUAUAUAA